AUGGCGAUGUUCCGCAGCCUGGUGGCCUCGGCUCACCAGCGGCAGCCGGCGGCUGGGCCCGCGGGCGGCGACAACGGCCUGGAGGCGCAGUUCAGCUGCCCCAUCUGCCUGGAGGUCUACCACCGGCCCGUGGCCAUCGGCAGCUGCGGCCACACGUUCUGUGGGGAGUGCCUCCAGCCCUGCCUCCAGGUACCGUCCCCCCUCUGCCCGCUCUGCCGCCUACCCUUCGAUCCCAAGAAAGUGGACAAGGCCACCCAUGUGGAGAAGCAGCUCUCGUCCUACAAAGCUCCCUGCCGUGGCUGCAACAAGAAGGUGGCUCUGGCAAAGAUGCGAGUCCAUGCCUCAUCCUGCGUGAAGGUCCAAGAGCAGAUGGCCAACUGCCCCAAGUUCGUCCCCGUGGUGCCCACCUCUCAGCCCAUCCCCAGCAACAUCCCCAACAGGUCCACCUUCACCUGCCCGUACUGCGGCGCCCGCAACCUAGACCAGCAGGAGCUGGUGAAGCACUGUGUGGAGAACCACCGCAGUGACCCCAACCGCGUGGUCUGCCCCAUCUGCUCGGCCAUGCCCUGGGGGGACCCCAGCUACAAGAGUGCCAACUUCUUGCAGCACCUACUCCACCGGCACAAGUUCUCCUACGACACCUUUGUGGAUUACAGCAUCGACGAGGAGGCGGCCCUCCAGGCAGCCCUAGCCCUGUCUCUGUCUGAGAACUGAAGGCCCCGGCCACAAGAGUGCAGCUGCGCGCCCCUCCACGCCCGAGGACGGCUCCCUGGCGGAGCCUCUGGGAGAUGAGGGGUCACCGAAGGAGCGGAGCGGGGCCAGGUGGGGCAGCCUGUAACUGAGAGGAGGUGGCAUCCUUCAAAGCCACAAGGACCUGAAGGCUGGGGAGCACUGGGGCUGCCAUAGAAGGCCCCGCCCACUGUGCACCCUGCCUUCCUGCCGUUGGUACUGGUGGUGGUCCCCAGAAGGCCUGGCUUUUUCUACAGCGCCCGCGUGAGAUCUUUUCACCUUUUAUAGUGAAAGCAGACGCUGCCUCCUCAUACCGCAGUAUCCGUGUUUGACUAGGAAUAAUAUUAUUUUUAUGGAGCAUUUACAAGAUUAUAUUUUUAAAAAAACAACAACCAAAACGCAGCAUUGUCUGGGACUGGGGAAGGGGCAGCCAGGCGGGUCUGUGGCACAGCUCUGUCCCUGGAGGCCCUCCCUGUCCAGUCAUUGGUGGUUUUCACUCUCGAGAAUGACGUGGAAUAAGUGAGCCGCUCGCCUGUGCCCGCCAGAGCUGUAGCCAGCCCAGCCCAGGGCCCCAGCCUUGUCCUCUGGCUCCCCACCCCCGCUCAGAGGGACGGAGUGCAGGGGUAAGGGAGGAAGCACGGGCUUCAUGCAUAAAUUAUUGCUGUCUUUUUUAAAGUUUAAAUAAAAGGUUUCAGAGCAUCUACA